GACUGUGAGUUGACAACAGACCUGCUUUGCACAUUACUCUGGGUCAAGAUGGAACUGUUGGUGUGUUUGCAGCAAGGCAGCCCUUUUUUAAAAAACAUCUUAAUUGCCAAAGAACAUCAAUCAUUUUUCAGCAUUCUCCCCCACCGUUCCCCUUCUUGUUUUCAUGCCGGGUAUAGGAGUGAGUCCUUUUGGAGCUUGAAUCUUGCCUCCUACCAAGAGCCAGGCAACUUCUUUAUGGGCCAAUAACAUUGUGCCCUGCAGGCGAACAGAAGCUGGGGAACAAGUGAAGUGGGGGGACACCUACAGCCAAAAUGGAGGUGAAGACGUCACUUCUAGACAACAUGAUUGGGGUUGGCGACAUGGUCCUGCUAGAACCCCUUUCAGAAGACUCAUUCCUCGAGAACCUGAGGAACCGCUUUGAUCACAAUGAGAUAUACACAUAUAUUGGCAGCGUGGUGAUCUCCAUGAACCCCUACAGGUCCUUGCCCAUCUACACGCCAGACAAAGUGGAGGAGUAUCGCAAUAGGAACUUCUAUGAACUUAGUCCACACAUCUACGCUUUGGCAGAUGAGGCUUACCGUUCACUGAGGGACCAGGACAAGGACCAGUGCAUCCUCAUCACAGGCGAGAGUGGGGCUGGGAAAACCGAGGCCAGUAAGCUGGUGAUGUCAUAUGUGGCAGCAGUGUGUGGGAAGGGCCAGGAGGUGAAUAAGGUCAAGGAACAGCUGCUGCAGUCCAAUCCCGUGCUUGAGGCCUUUGGAAAUGCCAAAACAGUGAGAAAUGACAACUCUUCCAGAUUUGGGAAGUACAUGGACAUUGAGUUUGACUUCAAAGGAGAUCCUCUGGGUGGAGUCAUCAGCAACUAUCUGCUAGAGAAGUCACGUGUGGUGAAACAGCCACGAGGAGAGAGGAACUUCCACGUCUUUUAUCAGCUCUUGUCUGGAGCCUCUGAUGACACACUCAAGAAGCUGAAGCUGAACCGGGACUUGAGCAAAUACAACUACCUGAGCCUGGACUCUGCCGCGGUCAAUGGGCUGGAUGAUGCAGCCAACUUCAGGACAGUCCGAAAUGCCAUGCAGAUCGUGGGCUUCAUGGAGGACGAGGUACAGUCGGUGCUGGAGCUGGUGGCGGCCGUGCUAAAGCUGGGCAACAUUGAGUUCAAGCCAGAGUCGCGCUGUAACGGCACUGACGAGAGCCGCAUUAAGGACAAGAACGAUUUGAAGGAGAUGUGUGAGCUGCUGGGGAUCGAGCAGUCAGUGCUGGAAAGAGCGUUCAGCUACCGCACAGUAGAGGCUAAGCUGGAAAAAGUGUCCACUACACUGAAUGUGGCCCAGGCCUACUAUGCCCGAGACGCCCUUGCCAAAAAUCUCUACAGUCGUCUGUUUAGUUGGCUUGUUACCAGGAUCAACGAAAGCAUUAAAGCACAGACUAAAAGUCGCCACAAGGUCAUGGGUGUGCUGGACAUCUAUGGCUUUGAGAUAUUUGAGGAUGGAGACAACAGCUUUGAGCAGUUCAUCAUCAACUACUGCAACGAGAAGCUGCAGCAGAUCUUCAUCGAGCUGACCCUGCGUGAGGAGCAGGAGGAGUAUGUCAGAGAGGGCAUCGAGUGGACCAACAUUGAAUAUUUCAACAAUGCUAUUAUCUGCGACCUCAUUGAGAAUCAUCAAAAUGGCAUUUUGGCCAUGUUGGACGAGGAGUGCCUGAGGCCAGGGACAGUCACCGACGAGACUUUCCUGGACAAACUGAACACCAUCUGUGCUGAACACCAGCACUUUGAGAGUCGCCUCAGCAAGAAUUCCAAGUUCCUCACUGACCACAGCCUGCCACACAAUUGCUUCCGCAUCCAGCACUAUGCUGGGAAGGUGCUGUACCGUGUCGAGGGCUUUGUAGACAAGAACAACGACCUGUUAUACCGGGACCUGUCACAGGCCAUGUACAAGGCCACCCACAGCCUCAUCAAACAGCUGUUCCCUGAGGGCAACCCAGGCAAAGUCAACCUGAAGAGACCCCCAACUGCUGGAUUCCAGUUCAAAGCAUCAGUGGGAACGCUGAUGAGGAACCUGCAGACCAAGAACCCAAACUACAUCCGGUGCAUCAAGCCCAAUGACAAGAAGGCAUCCCACAUAUUCACCGAGUCUCUGGUCCGCCAUCAGGCGCGCUACCUGGGCCUGAUGGAGAACGUCCGUGUGAGGAGAGCAGGCUACGCCUUCCGCCAGGCCUACGAGCCGUGCCUGGAACGCUACAAAAUGCUCUGCAAACGGACCUGGCCCCACUGGAGAGGGCCCGCCAGGGAAGGAGUGGAGGUGCUGAUGGCCGACCUCCAGGUCCCAGCAGACGAGUUCUCCUAUGGACGCUCCAAGAUCUUUAUCAGGAACCCAAGAACGCUCUUUUUCUUGGAGGAAAGGAGGAGGCAAUGCCUGCAAGACCUGGCCACACUCAUUCAGAAGAUCUACCGUGGCUGGAAGUGCCGCAGCCAGUUCCUGCUGCUGAAAAAGAGUCAGAUAGUGGUGGCAGCAUGGUACCGCCGAUAUGCGCAACAAAAGAAAUACCAGAAGAUCAAGAGCGCCACCACUGUGGUCCAGUCCUACACCAGAGGAUGGCAGGCCCGUAAACUCCUGAGAGAGCUGAAAUAUCAGAAGAGAUGUGAAGAGGCAGUGACCACCAUCGCAGCCUUCUGGCACGGCACCCAGGCUCGGAUGGAGCUGAGACGUCUAAAACAAGAAGCGCGGAAUAAACAUGCUGUGACAGUAAUUUGGGCAUACUGGCAGGGAACCAAGGCCCGGAGAGAGCUGCGUCAGCUGAAGGAGGAGGCGAGGAAUAAACAUGCCGUAUCGGUCAUUUGGGCCGGCUGGCAGGGCACCAAGGCACGCAGGGAGCUGAGGAGACUGAAGGAAGAGGCCAGACGUAAGCAUGCUGUCGCUGUGAUUUGGGCCUACUGGCAGGGACUCAAGGUCCGUAGAGAGUACAGAAAAUUCUUCAGGGCAAAUGCCGGAAAGAAGAUCUAUGAGUUCACCAUACAGAGAAUUAUGCAAAAAUACUUCCUGGGCCUGAAGAGCACCAUGCCCUCCAUGUCACCCAUAGAAAAGAACUGGCCUGCCAGGCCUUACAUCUUUCUGGAUGGAGUUCACACAGCGCUGCGAAGAAUCUUCCAUCUCUGGAGGUGCAAGAAAUACAGGAGCCAGUUCACAGAAGAGAAGAAAGCGGUUUAUGAGGAGAAGCUGGAGGCAAGUGAGAUCUUCAAGGAUAAAAAGGCUCUCUACCCGAGCAGCGUGAGCCAGCCCUUCAAAGGUGACUACCUGGAGAUCAGCAAGAACCCCAAAUAUCAGAAACUCAACAGCGCUGUGGAUGAGAAGGUUCUGCUGGCUGAUGUGGUCAACAAGAUUAACAGGGCCAAUGGCAAGGGUACAGCUCGAAUCUUCCUGCUGACUAAGAAGAGCUUCGUCCUGGCCGACCAGAAGACUGGCCAGGUGAAGGCCAGUGUUCCUCUGCCAGACCUCACCAGUGUGUCGGUCAGCACACAGAGUGACGGCUUCUUUGCUCUCAGACUCAAAGAGGGUUCGGCCUCAGCCAUUAAAGGAGACUUCUUACUCAGCAGUGAACAUCUGAUUGAGAUCAUCACCAAAAUCCACCGCAUCGGGGCCACGGCUGCAGACAGGGAGCAGCUCAACAUCGACAUCUCAGACGAGUUUCUGGUGCAGUUCAAGCAGGACAAAGUGUGUGUCAAAUUCAUCGAGGGAGCCCCGAAGAACGGCAACAGCGUGUCCUGCAAGCGCAAGAACAACCGCCUGCUGGAGGUGUCUGUGCCAACAUCACCCUAGUGCAGCUCCCUCGCCAGCUCUUUAGCGCUGUUCCUGAAUGCUCAGAUUGGCGGGCAAUUAAACACCGAACUACCACCCACUCCCGAACCUCUCGUCUCAAGGUCCAACCCCCCCACCCCCCAUCCCAGUGCCCACCCUGAGUUAGAAAAUGACAGUUAUUUGGCUUGUUGUUGUGUUUUUUUUCUUCAGUCUCUUCUUAUCAGAUUUACUAUGGCACCACUUUAGCUGUAACCAUGCGCCACUUUUUUUGGCAAACUCAUCCCUUAUCUGGGUUGCAUGCCACAGAAAUUUGGUCUAAUGUUUCACUGGUGUUAUGUAAAACUGGGGUAAAGGGUUAAAGAUGGAUGGAAAGAAAAUCUUGGUGGCGCACAAGAGACUUCUGUAUACCAGCGGUGAUGUUGAUAAUGAUUGUUCUCUCUGUAUGUUGGAUAAGUCUUUGGAGAAAAUGUCAUUAUGAAAACUUUGUGACAAGUGCCAGCCUUAACUGGCAUUGACUCAUCCAUUUUUUAAUAGAUGGCUUAGAAUUUGAGUUGAACUAACUUUUGGGCUUGGCCUGUCAGAUUUAGUUUCUCUGAAGAACUUAAAAUACUGCACUUGUUUUCACCUCGGUGUAACCAAAGGAGUAUCAUCUGAAAAUGAAUUUUGAUUGAAUGUUGUAUGAUUUUUAUAUAUAUAUUUUUUUUUUUCAGUGCGCAGUUGAAGUAAAUGUAAUUUGCUAGAUAAUUGUAUCCACAAUUCCUAUGUGCCAAUGAACAGGUCCCAUGACAUGUCACAGGUCAGUGCACAAACAUAGAAAACCCAUGUAGGUGAUGGACUCUGGUUCUAUUACUAUUAAUGACAAUACAUUACCAAACUUUUUCGAAUAGAGGAGCUUGUCAACCUGGCAAUUUCUUUUAAGUUUUGACGGCACUGCACAUGUGAUUAACUUCCAUUUCCUCUACAAGCACAGUAGAAUUUGUGAUCUUUUUGAAGCUUUAUUUUAACUCAUAGGAUGUAGGACUCAUGUAUGAUUCAAAGACCCUCUGGCUUAAUGAGGAACUUGAUUAAAGAUACUGAUAAAGGCAGUGCAGACACUUCCAGAAGAAGCAAAGCUACUCACACCAGAUUCUGUUAAAAAAAAAAAAUUCUGGUGAAAAGUUAGUCUUUUUUUUUUGUGUGCAAUAAAUAAAAUGCGUUGUCUCAAUUAUUCCCUUUCCAACAACACAGUAGUGAGAACCCAUAGCAGUCACCCUUACUGUACCAUAAGCUGUACAUAGGCUAUAUAGGCUGUAGCCCUGGCAUGGACAAAGGGUUUCUUUAGUAUCCUAAUUUUAAGUGCUGUUUGUUAAAUAGCUGUUGCCACUGCAGCUUGAGUUAUUGUAGUGCUUGAACCACUCUGACAAAGUGUAUUUUUCAAGGGGAAAGACCAAAUAUUAAGCGCACAUGAACAUAGUGUAUCCGAAGAAAUCAACCAGCUUUUACAACCUUCUAGUACACAUAUAAACACACAGGCCAAAUAUGAUAUUUCAAAGAAGCAACAGAGUGCUGUAUUUUCAGGUAUGUUGGCUAUAAUUUUAUUUCUGGUAAUUGUAUUGGUAAUUGGUUUUGUACUGUUGAGUUCUAAGUAAACCAGAUGUUUCUCUGGUGACUGAGGGAAUAACACAGCCAAAGUUGGUCUAGUCAUGUUUUGCAAUCCGGGGUACCUCGGCUUGUAAGUUAUUGUAUGUUUUAAUUUUUUUAAUGUCACACACGACACAGGGAUCAGUUGUUGCUGUCCCUCUCACGGGAACGUUUGAGCUGAAUGCCAUGCCCCCACGCGCUCUGUUUCGUAUUUGAACAAUGGCUAGAACUUCAAAAUGAUGUCUGCAUUCUUGUGUGCCUAAUGUUAACCUGUGCUGAGAGACAGAACAUGGAAAUGUUUCAAUAGAAUUCAGUGUAACAUUUACAAGUAAUCUUUUUUUAAAUUAAAUAAAAGUCAGUAAUAAAUAAAUGUUGUUCUUGGA